ACGAUCCCACCCUCCACACAACUUUAAUAUUUGUUCUUACUCUUCCUCUUCCUCCUUACUGUUCUCCACUCCCCAUCGUCAUUUGUUUCAUUUUCCUCUCCAUUUAUCCUCUAUCAAUCGUCAUCUCUCUUCACCGUCGUCUCUCUUCAAUUUUCUCAAUUUCUUGAAAGAAUUUUAUUUUCUCUCUCGUUCACCUAACAUGGCGAGGGGGCUGCAGAUCUGGAAAUUAUGAGGAAAGCAGUGAAUAGUGAGCAUACAGAUAAAUCUGAGAGAUAAUAAAGAUGAUAAGAGACGAAUAUGAAGAUAUGACAUUUGCGAUGAUGGAUCUUGCGGAUUAUGAACUCCAUUUUUUAUGAUGGCAGAUCUAGAAGUGGAGCUCCCCUAAAGCUCAUGCGCAAGUCCAUAUUGAACUCCAUUUUGGAGUGAAUUUGCACGGAACUCCUGACUUUCAACUCGAGAUUUAUUUUAGAUUUCUUAUUCAUCUAGACUGUAAUUUUAAUUUUGAUGCAGUGCAUUUUCGAAGAAGUGUUGGGGGAGUAAUUUUAGAUCUGCUCGUUGUUGGGCAAAGGGGAGGAUUUUAGGGGUAUUUUGGGAAAGUCAACCCAAAUUUUGCACUUCCUUAAAAAAAAAAGCUCUAAAUUAUACUCUAGGAUAAAAGAUUAUUUUUAAAAUUUACUCCAAAUUACAGAAAAGUACCGAGUGAUUCUCAUUGACGUGAAGAACAACGCAAGGCGGAGAUUUCUCUCAUUGGCAAUACCAUGGCUGCGCUCACAAGUUGUAGCUUUAGCAGCGCAACAAACCUGAGGCUCCUUUUGAAUCUCCAUACGAGUUACAUUCUGAAGCAAAGAAAUCCGCUGAGGACAAUAUCCAAGAGGAAUUCAGGCAGAUUGAUAAUUAGGUCUUUCAGUGGCUCUGGCGGCAGUAAUGGAGGCAGGAACGGCGGCGACGGGAAGCUGGAGAAGGACAACCCUUCCAAUUUGGCCACCGCCGCCACCACCACCCCUACCCAUGACACCACGGAGGAUAGGCGCAGGCCGGGCGGUUCUGAAGAUGUUGAGGAAUCUCCAGCUUCUGUUUCGUCAAGACCAACACUGGUUGGAUCGCCUUAUAAUAGUUUCCAAGUAGACUCUUUCAAAUUGAUGGAACUUCUUGGACCAGAGAAAAUUGAUCCUCCUGAUGUAAAGAUCAUUAAGGAGAAACUUUUUGGUUAUUCCACUUUUUGGGUGACAAGAGAGGAACCAUUUGGAGAUCUUGGGGAGGGCAUUCUUUUCAUUGGAAAUCUUAGGGGAAAGAGGGAGGAUGUUUUCUCCAAACUGCAGACUCGACUAUAUGAAAUUAUGGGUGAUAAGUACAAUUUGUUCAUGGUGGAGGAACCUAAUUCUGAAGGAGUAGAUCCACACGGUGGGCCUAGAGUCAGCUUUGGAAUGCUGCGUAAAGAGGUUUCUGAACCUAGUCAAACAACUCUGUGGCAGUACGUAAUUGCUUUUAUCUUAUUUCUUCUUACAAUUGGAUCCUCUGUGGAGCUAGGAAUUGCAUCUCAGAUUAAUCGCCUUCCUCCUGAGGUAGUCAAGUACUUCACUGAUCCAAAUGCCAUUGAGCCACCGGAUAUGCAGCUUCUAUUACCUUUCAUUGAUUCUGCUUUGCCCCUUGCGUAUGGUGUCUUGGGAGUGCAGUUACUCCAUGAAGUUGGGCAUCUUCUGGUUGCCUUCCCGAGAAAAGUUAAACUGAGCAUUCCUUACUUUAUUCCAAACAUCACUCUCGGAAGCUUUGGAGCAAUCACUCAGUUCAAGUCUAUUCUUCCUGACCGAAAAGCAAAGGUUGACAUUUCUGUAGCUGGCCCACUGGCUGGAGCAGCAUUGUCGUCCGCCAUGUUUGCUUUUGGCCUACUACUUUCUUCAAACCCAGCUGCUUCGGGUGACUUGGUUCAGGUUCCUAGCACACUUUUCCAGGGCUCAUUGCUUCUUGGACUUAUCAGUAGAGCUACUCUCGGUUAUUCAGAAAUUCAUGCAAAUGCAGUCUCAAUACAUCCUCUUGUGAUUGCUGGAUGGUGUGGCUUAACUACAUCAGCUCUCAAUAUGCUUCCUGUUGGAUGUCUUGAUGGUGGAAGAGCUGUGCAGGGUGCUUUUGGAAAAAAUGCAAUCACCGCCUUUAGUCUGGCAACCUACACAAUGUUGGGACUUGGAGUGCUUGGCGGACCAUUGUCACUACCAUGGGGAUUAUAUGUACUCAUUUGUCAGAGGACACCGGAGAAGCCUUGCCUGAAUGAUGUGACAGAGGUUGGAACCUGGAGAAAAACCCUUCUCUCAGUGGCCGUGUUUUUAGGAGUGUUGAUUCUGCUUCCGGUGUGGGACGAGCUUGCCGAGGAGUUGGGCAUUGGUCUCAUAUCAAGCUUUUGAACGUAAGGGCGCCAAUGAUUAUUAUCAUUCUCAAUUUUGAUUCUCAAAACUAUGGCUCAAGUGAGUAAUGCAUCUUUCACCUUUCACACUCACAUGAUAGUCAUAUACUCAUAUGCAUUUUUUUUCUCAACAAAAUUUGUUGCAUGUAAUGUGUUUGGGCUGUGAAUGAAUAUAGCUAGCUAGGAUAGGUUUCUAUUUGGUAAAACUUGGGAUUAUUAACUGCGAGUGGUCAAUAAUAUUUGACUGCAGUGGAGAAAUUCUUUGUAUACUACACAUUUCAAUACUUAACCCAAAGAUAGGUUAGUUGUACAUGCUUCCAAUUGUCUUCGCGCAAGAGGUAAACCAUUUGAUUGCAGCUCUAAUUUUUAGACUGAUUCAGUGUAUGUUUUGUAAGUGGUUUCACCUAAAUAAAUGAUGUGUGGAAUAAUGCAAUUUCAUUUUC